AUGUGUCGCUUCGCAUUUGAUAAGAUUCUGUGGGGAUGGUGGCAAAACAGAGAUAUCAAUAUCUCCCGUCUGAACCAACGGGGCCACGACCUUCUCACAGUUGCCGCCAUAGGGGGUAGUGUGCCGAUAUGCCAGCACUUGAUCGCCAAGGGUGUCGAUGUCAACUUCCGGAUAGCCACUGAGGGAGAUAACAUUGACUACGAAAGUGCUUUUGUUGCAGCAGCACAUAAAGGACGAACUGCAGCCGUCCGCUGUUUAGUGGAAUCCGCAGCCGACGUGAAUAUGUCAUACUCCUAUGUCGUGGUGAUUAUGGAAGUGCCCUUGCGGCCGCAGCCUCCCGCAACUUAUCGGAUAUUGUGAGAACACUGAUGGAUGCAGGGGCCGAUGCCAACAUGCCACUACAAUCCGGAAAGUACACCAAUGCCUUUGAAG